AUGAGGUGUACGUACACCGCAAUCUCUACAACAGCAGAAGAAGAAGAAAAAGAAGAAAUAAAAUACUUCUCUAUUAGUCCUCAAGAGCAGCAACAGCAGCAGCAGCAGCAGCAGCAGGAAACGUUUCCUUAUAAUAGUACACACGAGGGCACUGCAGCAGCAGAAGAAGCAGCAGCAGCAGCUGAACAAAGCAGCAGCAGCAACAGCAGCAGCAGCAGCAGUGAAUGGGCUAGCGACUCUUUCGCCUGUUGGUCUGAUGCCCCCCAUCCAACAGCAGCAGCAACAUCAACAGCAACAGCAGCAGCAGGAGAGCAACCGCAGCAGCAGCAGAAGCAGCAGCAGCAGCAGCAGCAGCAGCAGCAGCAGCAGCAGAAAGGAGGAGUACCACGUAUAUAUCCAUUAGAUAAAGAAAGAAUUGAAUUUAUAAAAAAAGUUAUGAAUUCAUUUACUCUUAAGGAUCCAAGACAGCAGCAGCAGCAGCAGCAGCAGCAGCAGCAAGAGCAGCAGCAAGAGCAGCAGGAGGAGGAGGAAGAGGAAUAG